UGCAAAUGUUUGCUUUGUACUGUCUUUCAGUUGUUCUCUAACUCCAACUGUGAGCAAAGCUAGUGCUGGAGUUCUAGAAGUUAUGACUGUAUAUUGCACUUCUAGUUUACCUCAAGUACUAAAGGCAAAAGGAGCCCAAGGCUGGCAAAUAGUGGGAACAGUUGGAAAGUCUACCGAAGCCAGCUUUAUACCAGUCAUUCCUUGUACAGAGUUCCAGUGGAGUCAACGAACCAUCCUGGUUCUGGGAAAUGAAGGUUUUGGCCUUUCUGAUGAUGUAAGCAGCCUGUGUCAUGCAAUGCUGACGAUACCAGCAGGUAGAGGCUUGCAACCUGGGAUUGAAUCCUUGAAUGUAUCUGUUGCUGCAGGAAUUCUCUUACAUUGUAUAUCCAGCAGGAGAAUGAAAACAUGACAAAGGCUUAUCUCAUUAUGCUGGCCUCCUUACACUGCUUUGAUGCUAAAAUGGCUUGCUUUGAAUCCAGAAACAGUUUGGUGGCUGUCUGUAAUAAAGCUUCCUGGCUGGACAAAUUUAAGUGCUGUGCACCUCGGUCCUGUACAAUUUGUAAUUCACUAUCAUGUGAACCCAACAGAUACAGAAUAAAUAAUGCUGCUUUAUACACUGA